UUCUUGGCUUCUUUUUUUAAAGUGAGACAACCGCUUCGGGCUGAGCAGAUGCAUUCAUCGCAUCAUUUUUUUGUGCAGUAUUUGCAACCGGACAUCUCUUUUAAUUUGCAUGCAACAGAGAAAGUUCAAGAUGCACAAAUGACAUGGAGUGCGUCUGAAGCUUUGAAGCAUUUGUGCAACAGGUUACCUAAUAGGAUAGAAGAAGAGAAAGAGUUGAGAGGUAUUUUUUUUAAAUUCUUCUCCCCGUCUGGAUGGUGGUGCCGUUCGCUGGACUCGGAGCAAACAGCUGGUCUUUUUGUCGGCAGAUAGGGGGCGGUAGGUCUGAGGGUCAGUGAGCUCACCACAGGGUGAGCAAGGGGAAAAUAUAUGCUGAGUAUGGCUUUUCAGAUAGUUAACUAUCGAGCAGCCGGUCUUGCAACUUCUGGGGAGUUGUGUAAGAGUGUGUGCGCCGGAGAUACCGUCUACUUUUUUUCCUCCAGAAUAAGCACUUCUCUCAGGUGCAACACGGUGACAGCGGCCGAUAACAGUCGGAGGGGGAGAAAGUGCACAUUUGGCAUCAUUUGUCUCACGCAGUCAAGAAGAUGUCCUCGUCCAGUCGCGCGCUGCUGUUUGCACUGGCCCUAACGCUCUACGUUGUGGAAAUAGCGUCGGCAGAGACGCUGUGUGGGGGAGAGCUGGUGGAUGCGCUGCAGUUCGUCUGUGAAGACAGAGGCUUCUAUUUCAGUAGGCCAACCAGCAGGGGUAGCAACCGGCGCAACCAGAACCGUGGGAUCGUAGAGGAGUGUUGUUUCCGUAGCUGUGACCUCAACCUGCUGGAGCAGUACUGUGCCAAACCCGCCAAGUCCGAAAGGGACGUGUCGGCCACCUCUCUGCAGGUCAUACCCGUGAUGCCCGCACUAAAACCGGAAGUCCCGAGGAAGCCGCAUGUGACCGUGAAGUAUUCCAAAUACGAGGUGUGGCAGAGGAAGGCGGCCCAGCGGCUCCGGAGGGGUGUCCCCGCCAUCCUGAGGGCCAAAAAGUUUCGGAGGCAGGCGGAGAAGAUCAAAGCCCAGGAGCAGGCAGUCUUCCACAGGCCCUUGAUCAGCCUGCCCAGCAAACUGCCGCCCGUCUUGCUCGCCACGGACAACUAUGUCAACCACAAAUGAGCCCGCUGCCAGCCCUUUGCACAGACAAGAGUUUGGAGGGAGAAAAAAAGACUAGGGGAUUAUAGCUUUGUCUCUGACGUCAUUUCUGUGGCAGUCCUCUUUGACCUCCCCUGCCCUGUCCGAGCCCACCAAUCCCUCCCCCUGCUCUCAUCCACUACUUCUUGACCCCCUGGCCCUUUUCUAAUGCCCCCCCUCGAAACCCAACCCACCCAUCCUCCUCCGGCACACAAACAUGCCUUCACAUUCUUCCUGUCUGAACUCUUUCGCUCCCUCUCUCUUUCAGUCACUGACACAAAAGGCACAAACACAAACGAUGAACAAAAAGUUAACAAUUCGGCUGAAUGCAAUUCAGGUGGAUCCUUAAGCAAAAGAGAAAAGGGAAGGGAGAAAAGAAGAUGAAAGAGAUCUGUGGUUUGCAAGUGUCAAGAGGACACCCAGCGGAAUGUUUUUUUGUCCUUGUGGAAGACAACUGAGAGUGAAGAGCAGCUUGCAUGAAAGAAUCCAUUCCACAUCAUUUUUUUCCUGAGGCAAAAAGAAAAUCUCUGUUAGUUCUUUUUCUUAUUAGUUUGCACCUCUACCUAUAAAGGGACUUCCACACUGUAAGGAAUUAUUUUGUAAAAUUAGAUUCCUGUUCCAGCACCUUUUGAUCACAAACAAAAAGCAGAAAAGAGUCUGCAAAAUUGCACAUUGCCACGGAUUACGUCAAAGUAAAGAAAAAAAUGGCACUAUUUUUUUAUGAACAAUGAACGUGUAGCUUAAAAAAAUGUCAUGGUGCUAGCUUUGGGAAUGGACUCAAAGAAGAGGUUGAAAAGCACGUUUUUUUUUUCUUUGAAUGAAUAUUAAAACUUUCCGUUUUAAGGAAAGUGUGACUUUUGAAAAAAGGAAGAUAAAGGAUAUGGGGGAGCUCCUGGCAGUGGCAAUGUCAAGGGGGAAGUGUCACUGAGAAAAGAUAUGGGCUGUGUCGGCGUCUAGGCUCACAGCGAGUGCUAGCGGCUGCUCAUCACUAGCUUGCCGGCAUAAGCGGCAAGGGGGACCUGAGACCCAGUCCCUGUUCCUCCUGCCCCUGCCAGACACAGGGAGCAGUGUGGAGAGGACACAUAUGGGACACCGUGGACCGCCUGGAUUGGGACAGUACUACAGUUCUGGGACAGUACUUUCUGUUUGCCAUGGCUUUGCAGACUGCUCUGACAGGAAGUAACAUGGCAUGGACAAAGAGCAAGUGGGAUAAUGAUGAUUAUAUUUUAUUUUGUCUUUUUUUCUGUUUUUCUUUUCAUAUCAAUGUUUCAAUGAAAAAAAAGGAAAACCCCGUCAGUUUCUGGUACCGUGACAUUCCUGUUUUUCCAAGUUAGGCUUUUAUUUUUGUUUCCAUGGUUAUGAUGUUAUUUUACAGUUCUAAAGAAAGGCACAAAAUUUCAAUUCAAAGGGAAAAAAACAGCAAUAAUGUCAACUAACAUUUUAUUUUUAUUGUAUAUCAGUAGUAUUCACAUGCUUUUGCCUGAAAACAAAUACUUGAAUAUAUAUAUAUACAUCUAUAUAUAUAUAUAAAUAUAGAUAUAUAAUUAGUUUCCAGGGACGUUGUGUUAUUUUCCUUUAGUCUGAGCUGUAUCUUGCGUAAUGAGCCGCCAAGCUUUUUUGUUUGUUUGUUGAAAUACAAAUAAGGGCACUGUAUAAAGGCAUUAUUUAUUUUGUUAUAAAAUAUAUUUGAAAAAUUGGUCCAAAUAAUAUACGUAGCACUGAUGCUCAACUGACGGAUUUAUUUUGUAUGAUCUCUGUUUUCCAAUUGGAGUUGUAAGGCUUUUUUUUGUAGAUGCUUUGUACCAAAAAUAAUGUCUUUUUUUCUCUCUCUCUUCCUUUCUCGUUUGCCAUAGUUACUUUAAAUUAAUAUUUUAACAGCAGCAUAGCCUGGAUUGCUUAGGCAUGUUAUGUCACAGAAAUAGGCACAUACUCUGAAUACGUUGGUCUGCAUGGAUUUCCGGAAGCCUGUCAGGGGUUAUCUGUGAAAAAGGAAAGCAUCAAUGAGUGACUUUAUUGUUGGAAAAAAAUAACUGUUCUACAUUGAUUGUACUCAAACCCACUAUGUUUUGAAGCCACUUUAGUAUUGAUGGCGGGGGAAUGAUCAGUCCUUCAUUAAAUCAUGUCUUUGUAAUUGUGCAUGGUGUCCUAUGAUCUUCUAAGGAGCAUCUUGCCUAUGUGCCAGUGCCACUGAUGUCGUGUUGGUUUUUGGGUCGUGAGGCCAUAAAUGUCCGGUCAGUUGUAGAUUUUAGGGUUUAGCUUACAUGUGACUCACACGAGUCAUUGUGUCGAUGCCUUAACUGGAGGUAAUGAUGUUGCUAUGAUGCUAGUAACCAUCAAAGGUCACUUAAAGGUCAUUGUCUAUCAAGGAGAGAGCAUAUCAUCGCUCAACACCACACUGUCUAUCUGUCUGUCUGUCUAUCUGUCCUUUCCUCUCUGUUUGUUAAAGACAAUGCCCCUGAUCGUUUCGCAUCAACAUUAUGUAUCUGUAUUUGCAUGGCGAGGGGUGGGGAGCGGGGUUGUUAGCCUGCCAUUCACCCCUCCAACAAUCUUCCAGUCAUCCAUCCAUUAUGCAUUUGAUGAAGGGCUAUCACGCUGAACCAUUUCUGAAGCACUCAGGAAAAAAACAAACAAUCUAUGCUCUCCAAAGGGAGAAGUGCAGUAGUUGCUGAGUGUCAGUGAUAAUCGUGUUGUUGAAGGGCAGCUGAGGUUGUUACCCACACCUGGCCACAAUGAUACAGCUCUCUGUGACAAACCACUGAAGCCCAUGUCAGAUACAAGGUCAUUCUGUGCCACAUCAUAGUUUCUUCCUCUAUUCUGUCAUGCAUCACCCAUGAAAUGGAGACUUAAUGGAUACUCGCCCUGCUGUGGUGAAGAGUCAAGCCAAUACUUUAUAUCUUCUUUCUGUCAGAGAGAUCUCAAUUGUCAAGGCUGCGUCCUGUCUCUAAUUAUAUUCUACUUCAGUUGUGCAACAAAGCAGGCAGUGCAAUUAUUAUUAUUAUUAUAUUAUUAUUAUUGAUAAUAUUAUUAUUAUAUUUUCUAUUUUAUUCUAUAUUUUCCUGCUAGGACUGCAUUCAUUCACUAUUGUAAUGUUCAAACAGGCUACUCUAGUGUUCUUAUGAAUGGCGUGAAAGACAACCACUUCUUUUCGCUGAAUAUGAAGAGAUACCUUGCCGAGCAAUGGCAACUUUUUCUGUGUCAGUAGCUCACUCAGCCUGUGUGUAUUUUAUUGAUUUAACCUCUGCACGCUAGAACGUCCGAAAUGCACAAUUCAUGUACUUUCAUUUUUAAUAUCAAUAAAAAAAACAUUUUAUCAAACAUA